UUGCAUUCCUAUCUCUCUCUCUCUCUCUCUCUUUCUCUCUCUCUCAUUUUAGAGCGAGUGAGCGAGUGUGACAGCAGUAACAACAACAACAGGAACGACCCAUUCCAGUUCCCAUUCCCAUUCCCGAAUCCAAGAUGUCGGGCGAGGAGGAGGAGAUCAGCUGGAUUCUGGACGGCAUUGUCAACCUCCUGAGCGGACCCGUCUGGACCGUGCCGAUCCUGACCUUUAUUGAGCACAAAUCCAUUACCUUUGAGAGCGCUCGGGAAGGCGAGGAUGAGGAGGACGCCGCCAACCCAGACCUUGAGGAGCAACACCAGGAGAUUCACGGGGAAUAUAAGCGGCUCGUGGACUACCUUCUCCAAAGCUUCAUGGACGACCUCUCCGUGGACCCUGAGAUGCUGCAGAACGCGUGUCAGGAGGCGGCGGCCAUUAACACGACUUUCAACAAGAGCCUAUUUGAACAGUUGUGGGCCGCGGACGACUACGAGACUUUUAACGCCAUGAUGAUUAAGAAAAAUUUGGAACUUCAGCUUCAAGCCUUGGAAAUGUUACGCCUUAACUAUGGAAUAAACAUGAGAGGAAGGGAGGGACAGGAGGGGGAGGAGGGGGAGGAGGAGGAGGAGGAGUCGGUGAAGAGAGAGAGAGAGAUACUGGAGGAGGUGUUUAGGUUAAGCAAGGAGGAACAUGACCAGCUGACCUCUCUUCAAGACCAGGAGUCACGUGACCUCGAAAUAGCUAUGGCGAGGUCAAUUCAGGACGAGAAAAAAAGAUUAGAGAAGGCGCUGAGGAGGCCGAAGAAGGAGGGGGAGGAGGAGGAGGAGGAGGAGGAGGAGGAGGAGGAAGAGGAGGAGGAGGAGGUGGAGGAAGAGGAGUUUGGAAAAGGUCGAGUUCUCCCUCCAAUAAGAUCCAAGCCGACGGAAAUUGACGAGGAGGAUUUGAAACGGAGGCAGGAAUACUUAAAAGAGCAGAGAGACCGACUUUUGGAGAUGAAGAAGCGGGAGAGAGAGAAGAGACUCGAGAACUACGAGACCAAGGAACCCAACCGCCCGCAGUCCGCCCGCGCCGCCCGAAAUGCCUUGGAUGGAGCGACAGGCGUGGACCCGAAGACCUUGGCUGUUCGGCGCGCUCUGGCGGAGAGGCUGAAGGCGGAGGUCAUCAAGGAGGCAUAAAGAGGAGGAGGAGGAGGAGGAGGAGGAGGAGGAAGAAAAAGAGGAAGAGGAGGAGGAGGAGGAGGAGGAGGAAGAUGAUUGAUCGUUUAUUGUUGAAGAAGUAGAAGAAGAAGAAGAAGAGGAGGAGGAGGAGGAGGAGGAGGAGGAAGAAGAAGAAGAGGAGGAGGAGGAGGAGGAGGAGGAAGAAGAAGAAGAGGAAGAAGAAGAAGAAGAAGAGCUUAUAAUAUUACUACUACUACUACUACUACUACUACUACUUCUACUACUACUACUACUACUUAUGCACCGAACACCAUAUUAUAAGUGUGUUUAAGUGUGUGUCUCACUUAUAAAUGUACCACGUGUGUGUUACUACUACUACUACUACUACUACUACUACUACUACUACUACUACUACUACUACUACUACUACUAAGCUCCAUUUGGCACCUAACUCAUAUAUUUAUAAGUGUUCACAAGUGUACUUAGAAUAAUAAUAAUAAUAAUAAUAAUAAUAAUAAUAAUAAAUUGAUUUGAAUGUAUUAGAAUUGUUUUCAGAUUUCCUCCUCCACCUUCCUCUCUUCUUUCCUCUCUCCCUCCUUUCUCUCCCUCUCCUCCUCCUCCUCCUUCCCUCCACACAUAGCUAAAUAAAUUCUCUUUCUCUCCAUACCUCCAUUUUUUCUCUCCGUUUCCUCCUUCCCUCCAAAAAUGGGUUUAAAUAUGGAGGAAAGAUUUGCUAUGCCUCUCAGCCAGACAGUUUUUCUCCUCCACCUUCCUCCACUUUUUCCUCUCUCCCUCCUUUCUCUCCCUCUCCUCCUCCUCCUCCUUCCCUCCACACAUAGCUAAAUAAAUUCUCUUUCUCUCCA